AUGAAUCAUAGCGAGCCCCGUAAUGAAGAGGAUUCUGGCGACGAGUCGUCUAGAGAGUAUUGCAAAAGGUGAGUUGCGAAAUAAUGCAUUAUCGAUCGAAAUAAACACAUGUGUCAUACUUGUGAAAUUCGGCGCGUGUUAAGGUAUUUGGCAAAACAUUUUUUAAUUUUGCACGCAGGAAAGUCGGUUUUUCUCAGCGAAUUCAACAAUGUCAGUCGAAAAGGCGUAGAACAUCUUUGCGACCUAUAUUUAUUAAUCAAAUUUGUCAAAUGCAUUACCGGUCAGGCCCGGCCGCAUUCAAAAUUUUCGAAAAUUUCGGCAUUGUGUUUCGUAAAUGUUUCUAUAAUUAAGGUAUUCAUCCAAUAUAGUGUUCUGAACUUUUGGUAUUAAUAGAAAAGGGCACACAGAGUAAGAAUCAAAAUUUUAAAUAUAUUCUUCAGUUAACUGGGACUACAAGUUUGCUAUUUUAAUUUUUUUUCAACUAUACAUUACAGGAAAAUUGAUAUGACGUCCUCGUCUUUGAACAAAAACGAUUAUGAAUCAGACAUUCAAGCACUAUUUGAUUGGAUGUGGAAAGAUGGGCAAAUUUCUGCGAAUUAUGGUAAUGAUGCACUUGUUUAUCACGCUCAUAAUGAUUUCAGAGCCAACGAAAAAAGUAGUUGAACUUGAUGAUCAACGCAAGUGGAGCGGCGUUGGAGAGCUUCUCAAGCAACUCCGUGGAGAGCAGGAACCAGUCAACGCGGAAUCGGUUGAGACAGAUGAAACGACGUACGUAUUGGGGGUCUCAAUUGGGCCUCCGCAGUUCCGAAAGUCGGUCUCUUCACUUAUCGAUAUUUGGGGUGUAAAAUAUCAGAGUUUUCCCAAAAAAAUUAGGGUGUAUAAGUGCGUUGCAAGUUUAUAAGUCCACCCCAAGGGAUCGGGCUUUUCGCUAGUCCGGUUGAUACCUAUGAGCGCAAAUAAAGUUAUACACCUCUAAAAAGACGUUUUAAAACUGUUUUUGUCAUUCUGGCGGUUUACAUCUUUUCGGAAGACAUGCCACGGGGCACUUUCCCUACGGAUUCUAAAAUAGUCUUAACACAGCCAUUCAAAACGGUUGGAUGGCCUUACCGAGGGUUCAGUUGUUGUCUAAAGUGAUUCAAAUCCAUUUCGUGACUAGUCGAAACACAAAAAAGCAUUUUUGGAAGACCGGGCCGACAUUGAGACUGAAUGUUUGUGCCAAAAUGUUCGCCAUCCCUGUCGCCAAACUCAAAUAACGACAUUGAUUAAGACAAAAUAAACUAUGAGAUGGUCUCAGAUGAUUCUAGAGGACAUCAGAUCAGUGCAACAAGUUCAUCUGAAUGCAUUUUGUAAAUAUCCAAUCGAGGAGAAAGCGUUCAAAACCAUAAGGCUUCGUUCUCCAAAGGUUCUCUUUGAGAAGACGAAGCGGUCAGUGCGGAUGUCGUGCCAGUAUCACUUCCAUUCCUCCAGACCAUUCAAAUUGACCAUAUUUUCAGCAGAAGGCAUGAUUUCACCGGAAAACAUGUUUCUGGACAAUCAAAACCGAUCAUAACAGCCGAUCCCUUAUUGGCCGACAUGUUGCCACGGGCGCAUUCGAUGCGAUGUGACUUGUGGCAAUGAGUAAUGCACGUAGAGGGCCACAUAGUCUCAGAAACAUUGUUAGGGCUCUCCUCAACAGUUUCCCAAACCAUACACUUUCUAAGUCCACGGUCCAGCUCCUGUUCCAUGCCGUAGCAGGACUUCUCCGCUGUUGAAACGGCACGGAUGAGGAACCUUUUGGCAUAAGAAACCCGUUUCCGGUUUUUCUAAGAUGUUCUUUUAGGCUGGACUGAUCACAAAAUGUAUUUGAAGCACUUUAGAUGACAACUGGUCCCUUGGUUCGACCAUCCAGCCAUUUUGAAUGGCUGUGUUAAGAGUUUUUCGGAAUCCUCGGGAAAGUUCCAUGUGGCAUGAUGUCUUACGAAAAAACCUAAACCGUCUGAAUGACAAAAACAGCUUUAAAACGUCUUUUUAGAUAUGUAUAACUUAUUUUGUGCUCAUAGGGGUUGCCCAGACCAGCGAAAACCCCUAUCCCCUGGGGUGGCCUUAUAAACUUGCAACGGUUGCAAAAAGCCGAUUUUUAGUUUUAUCGAGGUAGUUCGGACAGUUUUCAAGGUAUCAUUGCGAAAAUCACCAAACAUACGUAACUUUGUGCCCUGAAUCCGAUUUUGAAGUCGCCGGGUCGGAAAUAUUUUUGAGCGUCUCGUUGCCGCGCCGAAUGGGGGUGGCCUUAUAAACUUGCAACUCAGUGUAUUUUCAACUUUUUUGAUCCGGCACAAAUUUCGGCUACCUAUGUCUAUCUUGAGCACUCUUCACGCAGUUUCGAUGUUUCUUUUUCAGUAUUUUCAAGCACAGGUCGCUUUUCAAAUUCCAUUUAGUUCUAUUCUUUUCUCUUUUUUCCACCAGUGCUGGGCAAUUGGAUGGCACGGGCUUUUCGUUGCUCGGCCCUUGACCUGGACCUUUGAACUACUUGCAAUAUUUCGAUCGGACCCAAACUUUGCAGGCUUCUUGGACAUGGGUUGAAGCAUACUGGGACCACGUUUCAGCCCUAUCGGAUCAUCUGGUCUCGAGAUAGGUGGAUCAUCGGCCGAAAUUGGCCGGAAGCUCGGGCUUUUUGGAAAAAAUCGGCCAAUGAUCCACAUAUCUCGGGACCCCACGAUCUGAUAGAGCUGAAACUUGGUCCCAAUGGCCCUCAAUCCAAGUUCAACAAUCCUGCAAAGUUUGGAUCCGAUCGGAAUAUUUCAAGUUUUUCAAAAGUCCAGGUCAAGGAUCGGCCAACGAAAAGCCUAUUGCCCAGCCCUGGUUUCCACGUUUUCUUAAGGAAAGCGCGACUCCUUUCUUCUGAUGACUCAACCUCGAUCCGACAAUGACCUAAUCGUUGCGGUUUGUUUAGUUUGAGAAGCGUGCGUCUUGCGUGUUAGUUCUGAAUUUCUUGUUCGAACUUGAAUUGUUUGCCAAUUUCUUCGGAAUAGUCUAGGGUGUGGAGUUUCUGGUCCUGUAGUAUAAAAACGUUGUGAAAUUGUUUUUGCAACAUAAUUAGUUGAAGUUAUUUUCUCUCAACAAUAUUUUUCAGACUUUCGAAUGAAGACAACGAUUACGAGAGUGAAAUUCAAGAAGAAUAUGAGCGAUUGUGUGAGAGCGAGGACAGUUAUGCUACUUACGGUAAUGAUCUCAUCCUCUCUGCGCCUAUAAUGUUGUUCAGAACCAAGCGCGUAUGACUAUAAGGAGCGAGCCAGAUUGCAAGGUGUUGGAGAGCUUUUGAAGCAACUUCGUGGAGAAAUCAAACCAGUCGAAAAAGAGGAAAUUGUGUACGAUGAGCUUGGAUACGUGUACAGACAUCACUCGAAAUUCCCGCCAUCUGAUCUGAAACACGCUCUUGCGGUCAUUGAGGAAUGUGCUGAAAAAGAUGGAAUCAAAAAACCCGAAGACUAUCCGUUGGAUGUUCGAGUUGCUCGAAAGAAGAUGAGGGAAAAGAUGAUUCGAUGCACCAAAUGCAAAAAUCGAUUUGGAGAAAAGAACAUCUACGAACGGCAUUUGCGGGACAAACAUCCCAUUCAGUACGAGAACUAUCUCAGCAAAGAGACAGAAGAAAUCGAGAAUCUGAAAAUGAGAGAAGAAGCAAAACGGCAAUUCGAAAAGUCACAGUUAGACGGAAACUUUAUUUGCGAAGAACUGAAUGCUCUCGUUUCCGAAUCUCCAUGGCUGUAAGUUACCGAAAACAAAAACAUUAUUGAAUGUACAUUUGCAGAAUCCCUCUCCCUGGGGAGAACACGCAUGGUAUUGCUCCCCAUUUUGAUAGUACCGGUGCCAUCCGCUUGGGAGAUGACACAGAGAACAAAUUAUCGUCGCAGUGUCCGUUUUGCAUCACCCCUUUCCAUAACGAAUUGGAACUGAAACAUCAUUUAAAUGACUGGCAUCAAGAGGCGUCAGAGUUUGUGCAAUGCUUCAAAUGCUUCAAAUGUCUCGACAGCAUCGAAGAAUUGAGCACACACAACUGCAAAUUUGUGAGCGCUAUUUCGUUUCAUUUCAGUUUCAACUCAUGUUGUUUUAGACACACGUCUGCUUUGAAUGCACGCCAGGAAAGAACCUAGGGUCAAAAAAUAAACUUAUCGGUCACCGGCGCAAGUUUCAUGGUGCAAGUGCCAAAGAACUAGGAAUUCGUUGCUUCAAAUGCGCUAUAUACUUUCCCACGUAUUCCGAAUAUAAAAAUCACAGGAGAAUGGUGCACGAGGACGUUCAGCAGUUCCCAUGUUAUUUCUGUGGUCUCAUUUUCACCAAUAAAACCGAAGUGAGUUACUGGCUAAAAACUUAUUCUAACAGGUAUUUAUAAUUUCAGGUGACCAUUCAUGAGAGAGUGCACACCGGAACCAAGAAGUUCUCCUGCAAGUCGUGCCGUUUCAGCGCCUACCGUUACGUUGCUAUGGAAGUGAGUUUCCCCUGGUGCCACCAACACUCUUUUCAAUCUCCGAAAGGAUGAUCGCAUGCGAAAGUGUUUUUGUCGGAUUAAGGGAAUAUGAAAACAAGACGUAAGAGCAGAUCAUUGUGACAAUUGAAUUAAGAUCAGAUUAUAACAUGUUAUGUCACUAUUUCUAAUCUAUUUGAACUAAUUUCAGAAGCACACGUUGGAUAUGCAUGCGCACAUUUGCGCAAUUUGCCGGGAAAGCCGCUUCAUUGAAUACUACGAUCUUGCGCAGCACGUGUACUGGGACCACGGCGGAUACAUAGUAUUUUCUCAUUGGAACAUUUAGUGGAUGGCUCAAAUCGAUCAAGACAAUUUAUUAGAUUCACGUCACUUCAGAGUUUAUCGAAUACUCGCGCACAAAGAGGAAUAUAAAGCAUUGUCAGUGUCUCUCUUCUUUCUCACUCUUGAUUUCUGACUGCAUUCUGACCAAUGCAUCUCCUUGUUUCCAAUUUUCUCUGUUUACCUCCUCUCUUCCAUGCCUCUGAAUCUCAUUUUAUGAGAAAAACCCUUUGUGUGCCACCUAAAAGCUUUAAUUUUCCCUCGAUUCUUUUCCAUUCCAAGUUUCCUUAAAAGUUCAAAAUCUCAUGAUUUUUAUUCUUUUCAAAGCAUGUUAUCACCAUAUAUAUUAUCUCCUCUGUAUCAUAAUGAUUUCAUGUGAUUGUAUCGAACCAGUAUAUGAUUGUCGCAGUAUUUUUCGAAUCGCAAUGAAGAACACUUCAAAUUCCCCGGAUUCCAUUGUUAUCACUUGUCCGGGAAAAACUAUUCGGUGGCAGGGAAACUAAAAUAAUUCUUCUGUGAAACAUAUUGUCUUACGCACUCAUAUCCAAGGCCGUCGCGGAACAUAUGUACUAAUUCGAUGACAUGUUUGUGUUUCAUUCAGAUAUUGCACGGUAUGCUUCGUGACUUGGUGGACCGUAUAGGUAAGUGAGAAGAAGCCCAUGAAGAAACAGCACACGCGACGCGACCGCGCUCGCCAUGCAUUGUGCGAGUCUGGGUGAGAGAUCGCGAAGAAGCGAGAGUUCUCGUCGGGGACCCGGGCGUGUUGGAGAGGCUAUCAAGAAAAAGAGACAGUGGUCGGUUUGCCUGUGUGUAUGCCUGUGUGUAUGUGCGGCCCGACCGGGGGCCGUGGGCCUAAGUGUGAGAGGGUGGGUGGGGAGGGAAUCGAGACAGAGAAAGAAAGCAUGUGUGUGCGAGCGCCUUGGCGGUGAGCGUUAGUGAGUGUAUUUCGUGUGUGCGUGAGAGACCGAGCGGCAAUGAGCGUUAGUGAGUGAGUGGGUGAGUGUGUAUGUAUGUAUAUGUGCGUCUGGUGGUAAAACUCUAUGCACUCUCUGUUUUAACUUACGACACUAUCUUGUCGCAUUCAGGCGCCACACCAACUCUGCAAUGGCUGCGCCACGGCGGCGUAUGGGCCUUGAACAGGUGGGUGUUCCUCUAUCUUAUCAUCUUUUGAUGGGCCCCCAGUGAGAAAAACUGACGUACUUUCAGUAGAGUACUCGGGUUCCCAUUAAUUCCCCCAUUAAUUCUCCCAUAAUGAGACGAGCGAACGUUUGAUAGCUUCUCUCGAUUGACCAUUUGUUCCCGCGCAGUCGCCUCGUUCCCAUUGUUUAAUGUGCUAUUCGUUCCCACGCAUCCUCCGACCGUGGGCAAUAAAUCAGCAGGCGCCAGGAGUUUAACGACAGAACUCUGCGAGUGUGCUGCUGUUCCCCACACAAUAAGAAGGAGUUUUCAAUAAUUCAUGAACGUCCAAUCACGUGAUGAUCCAAUGAACAAGCAAUGUGAAAAUAUAAAAUACCAUUUGGUUCAGGGAUCGAUUAAAAAACACCUCUCUUUAUAAUUUCUUACCUUGACACUGUGGUUUUAAGUUUUUGCGAUUAUUCACGCCUUGUCGAUCAAACGUUUUUGCGAUUAGCACGCGCAAAAACUCCAUGAUUCUGUCAAUUUCUUCUUCUUCUUCUUCUUCGCAUUUCCGAUGCGAUUAUGUACCUACUUGUUGCAUUGAAAAUUUGUGUUAGAAUUCUGUCAAUGCCACGAGUUGCUCUUUCUGCUGCAUUUCCUUCCCAACUCGAAGAUCUUAGCGAUCUCAUUAAAUGAGCACGGACAACGCGAUUAAUUUCUUGACACAUACAUACACGCAUACAUCAACAAAAUUCAACAUGCACAAGUCGCUAAAGCCAUCUUUUCUCUUCAAUUUUAUCCACCAGCAAGAGAGAAAGAGCCAACUCUUUUCGUUUUUUACCCCGUCCUCGCUGAAUUUGUCGGUUGCCAGUCCAAAUUUUUUUCUUUGUCUACAGUGCAGUUUGGUAGUGAUAUGAGAAAGGUAGUGGCGAAAAUAACAUAUUACACAAUACCACCCCAACUGUUGAUAUAAUUCAAAGUGAUAGUAGGGUUGUUUGCAUGAUCAAAGUUUGACAAACUUGUAUUGAAAACAGACUUUUAUGGCUGACGCGGCCCGACAAGGGGGUGAUGAUGAGAUGAGUCAAAAAUAGCGGGGUCGAUUAUAAUUGGAUUCCUUCUCGCACGCGCGCCAACGCCCCCGCCAGGCGCAUAUGGGGUUGAGAGCAUGGCGCCCGAACAAUUCAUUCGUAAAACAAACAUUGCUAAUAUAAUCAACAAUGGAAAUGUUAUGCGCGGUUUGCAGUGGGGGGGGACUGUCUGCUCUUCUCUACUCAUGCCAGACAAUUCAUUUCAGAUAGGUCUAUAUGAUGUCGGUCGCGCGAUUGGCAAAGGUAAUUUUGCCACAGUUCGGAUAGCACGGCACAAGAUCGCCAAGACCAAGGUUCGUGAUGAAGUCAAUGUACUUUUUCGUCAUAAAACUCGUGAUUAUCGACGUAGGAGAAAGAAUGAACAUCUUCUAAUCUCAUCAAAUGUUCAUUGAUAACUGCGUACUUGUGUUGACCUCUUCCAGGGAAAACUUUGAUUAAUCUAGCCACUCUUUUUCAACAGGUCGCCAUAAAGAGCAUUGAUGUGUCGAAACUGGACAAGGAGAACCUGGUCAAACUGGAACGAGAAGUUAAAAUAGUGAAAACAAUUGACCAUCCCCAUAUUGUUAAAAGUUAUGAGGUACAUUUACUUCUCCACCAACUUUUGAUAAGCUAUAAAAAACUUUCAGAUUAUGAGGUUUGAAAAUAUGCUGUAUAUUGUGAGCGAGUACUGUAGUUGUGGAGAACUUUAUGGUAGGUACCUUUUUUGAAAACAUUUUUCAGCUGAAUCAUUGCAGAGCGGUUGAUAGAAAAAGGACGUGUCGCGGAAGAUGUUGCCCGGAAAUGGUUUUCUGAGACUGCGUCCGCAGUUUCCUAUCUUCAUUCUCAAGGAAUUGUCCAUCGAGAUUUGAAAGCGGAAAACAUUUUAUUAGGCAAGAAUUCGGAUAUCAAGAUAAUUGGUUCGUCUUCCACAAGUGGUGCAAGUGUCAGAAUCGCGAAAUUCUUCAGAUUUCGGGUUUUCGAAUUUUCAAACAGAAGAUCAGCUUCUAAAUACUUGGUGUGGCUCGCCACCAUAUGCCGCACCGGAAUUGUUAUUAGGUUUUACCCUGAACCAUUCUGGUCACAUUUCAAAUAUAUUAUUAAGGUAACUCGUAUGAUGGCAUGAAAGCUGAUAUCUGGUCUAUGGGGGUGUUGUUGUACAUUCUCGUGACAGGAGGAUUCCCUUUCCCGAGUGAUUCAGUGAACAAACUCAAGAGAUCCGUUCUCUCCGGCGUCGUUAAAAUUCCGUAUUGGGUUUCUGUUGGUACGCUCAUUAGAGGAAGGAAAAGGAAAGAACGACGCGUCUCUUUGCAGAGUGCGCGGAUUUUAUUCGGAAAAUGCUCGUGUUGAACCCUUCAAAGCGAUUCACAAUUCAGAAUGUUCUACAGCAUCGAUGGAUGUACAUUCGGGACGGACAACGCAAAGGCAAUACGGCCCAACUGCUCGAAGCGAUCCCAUCCAGUUCGAUUGAUAUCAGGCAUCAGUCCUCAAAGCUCAAUCCGACAAUUAUGAUGUUUAUGCAGCAGCACGGGAAAUGGUCCGAAGAGCAGAUUAUUGAUGUGAGUAUCGGUUCCGGAAGAGUGUUCAUCUGAAAAGGAUAGGAGACGUCCGUUCUGCUCUGGAAGUUUUCAUGCUCUGAUGACUUUCCAAAAAACGCUUGUCUGCAUUUCAUUAAAGUUGACAAAGUUGUUGAUGACGGCCGCAUUGAAAACUUUUCGUUUCCGCUUGGAAAUGACUAUCAGCGCUGACAUCGAAUUCGUGUGAACGAGCCUAUCAGCGUGUUUCGCGCCAGACAAUCAAUGCAUUAUCAAGCGUUUUUCGCGUUUUGCACUGUGCUUUGGAAUUGAAUACCAAACCACCAAUGUAAAAAUAACACACAAUGCCAAAGGACUUUUUUGCAAAAAAUGGGACUAGGCAGACAAACGAAGAAGAAUGCAUAAACGAUCAAAGAUAAAACACUUUUUCUAUUUCAGGCGGUUCUUGGAAGAGACUUUGAAAGCUCCAUUUAUGCGACCUACGAACUUUUGGCGGGGAAAGUCAAAAAGGGAACAGAAGGUUUUGUUGAAUGUUCCUUUCAAGAUUGGAUGUGUAUGUUCUAGGGGCUGGUGAAGAAUAUCCACGACGAGGAUCAAGGGGAUCUAUACUCAGCGGCAAGGCAAAUGUCGAUGAACAACCUCUUACGCCCACGAUUUCUGCUCACCAAUUGGCCCAACUCAAUUUAUCAAGUCCAGAUUGCGUAAUACUAAAUGUUUAUGAAACGCGACAUACACAAAAUGUUUAGGAUUCUGAUGACUCGUCGAACUCUGAUCUGUGCGACGAUUCACCAUUGAGCUCAAUACAAGAGCAUAAUCAUGAAAAACAAUUUGGCCUACCACAUGGUCUGGAAGUGUUUGGAAAUAGAUUUGAAAACAGGUAAACAAACUUUUCUCUCGUCACGUUUCAAUGGUUCCUCUGUUCAGACGACAUACAUUGUGUGCAAGUGAACAACUAUUAUCACCAAACAUGAUGGGACAGUUCCCACCUCCAAAUCUUCUUCUCAACAACUUCACCAUGAACCCUCCACUCGGAUUCGCGCCAAUGCCCGAAGGACAGGCCGCUGAGUUUCCGUUGCCAUCCUUGCAUCCAGCCCUUGCCACGAUCCCAAUUGCGGAUUACUCGAAGAUGUUACCAGUUCCAAAAAGUUUGUGGAAAACUUAGAAUAUAGAUAAUAUUUGUUCAAUUCUAGGUGAACGAAGAGCAUCCGCGGGUGAGACUCUUUUGCCGAACAAUCUCGAUUUCCAACAACACCUCGCGAACCUCUCAGCCAAUCCCAUGUCAUUCCCAACUGUAGAAGAAGAGGGUAGAUCGUAUCUUGCCAAAUACGGAGGAAAACGAAAUACUGUACAUUGUCUGGGCAACCAGUUGGGCGGAGGUAUCCAGAAUCCGAUUCCGAGGUAUCAGAGAACACCGUACGCCAAGGCGCCACCUGCGGAACGGCGGAGUAGUUGGGCGUCUCCGUCUUUGUCCGCCCAGCAACAGACUCAUCUGGAGAAACUGUUCAAACAAGCCUUGCAAACCAAUAACGACAUUGCGAGAUUACACAAAGAGUUCAAGGGACUUUCUCAUGGAUGUGCUCAGUCACAGUGAGUUGACCUUUCAAUUACUGAUCUCACAAGUUAUGUUUCAGAAUAACAAACGAAGGCAGUUCUCUGGCGUGCCCUCAGAUUUCCAUAACUGAUGAGUACAACCGGCAACACAACAUCGCCCCUUCAGCCUCCUCAUUUGAUCCUGUUAGCAUAUUCCAGAAAAAUGUAAUGGCCUUUCUAACGAUGUGUUUCCCGAUAAUGGAAUGUUUCAGGCGCAAGAAGUGGUGUUUGGACAGCGGCCAGCGACUGCAAUCGGAUUCUCAUCAACUUCUUUUUCCGGAAUGUCAACUCCUGAACAAACUGCCAGAAGUAUGGAUGACAGAGUGAAAGUAAUAAUUGUCAGUCUCAGUGCACAACUCAUAAAUGUUACCUUCAGAGCAUUGUGUGCACGUUGCCAUUUGCUGAAGUUGUUGAAGAGCUCAAGUCAAGUCUAAACAUUCUGAAAAUUCCAUUCUCGGAAUCUCACGAAAUGAUGUACGAAGAACAAGGUCAGUUUCCGCUUCCGCAGUUCAUUUUCAGUGUUUCCUUUGCAUGUGUGAACCUCUCACAUUGUUCUUUGCAGUCACAGAAAUGCGACGACUUUCCCUUCCCUCUGGAGUCGAGAUCGGUGUGGCAGUCCUACCGCCGGAGCACAAAUCACACGUGGAGUUUGCAAUCAUCAACAACGACUCGCCAACAUCGGAAAUCUUAUGUGAUCAGUUGAUUUGUCGACUGCGCAUGAUCGAUCCAAACUGGACCUCCGAAUGA